AUGGACGCCGCAGCGCGCCUCGUCGCCAAGUUCCGCACGGCCUCGGCCCAGGACCUCGCCCCCGCCCUGCUCUUCGGCGGCGCCUACUUCUUCUUCAACCGGCUGGCCAAGCUCGCCCAGCGCUGGAUGCAGCGGCGCAAGGCUGCCCCGAGGAGCAGGAAGGCCGAGGGCACGAAGGCGUUCUACAUCCUCGGCGGGCUCCUCGCCGCCGCGCUGGGCGUCCAGGGCCUGUGCUACUACCGCUACGGCCCGCUCUUCUUCGUCGCCGAGGACGCGAAGAAGCUGGACUGGACGGGCGCGGACUGGCGCGCGGCGCUCGAGAACCGGACCGUCGCGUUCGUCGGCGGGCACCACCGCGCGGGCACGACCAUGCUCUGGCGGUCCCUGGCGGGCCACCCGGCCGUGGCGUCCUUCGGCGAGCGCCGCGAGUGCGGCCUCGACUUCUCGGAGGGCGUCUUCGCGCAGGACGUCUACCCGCGCUUCGGCGUCGGCGACACCAAGGACGCGAACCCCCUGACCAUGUUCGGCGACUUCCUCGGCGCCGGCGACGCGGAGGCGGAGGAGGCGCCGAAGACGGGCCUGGGCAAGUACGCGCUCGGCCGGGUCGAGGACGUCUACUGGACGGAGAACCACUGGUCGGUGUCGGACGCGUCGCAGGCCCGCCUCCUCAACGCCUUCGGCUACCUCUGGGAGCGGCGCGCGAAGCCGCCCAUCGCCGAGGCGUCCGUGCUCCUCGAGAAGUCGCCGCCGAACGCCGUGCUGGCGCGCUACCUCCAGGCCGUCGUCGACUUCCCGACGGACCGCCGCGCGGCCGAGCCGGCCGCGGCGACGACCUGCGCCGCGGGCGACAAGGCCUGCGACAAGAAGCUCAAGAAGAAGAAGCGCGGCCGCCGCGACGCCGAGGAGUUCGCGCCGGCCAUGCCCGCGGCGCCGCCGCGGCCCGCGGCGUCGCGCGCGCGCUUCGUCUUCGUGAGCCGCCACCCCAUCGCCAACGCCGUGAGCCACCAGUACGUCACGACGGGCCUCGCCAUCCCCGACCUCGUCGCCCACUGGAUCGCCGUCGCCACCUACGCGAAGACGAACGAGGCCUACCUCGCGCACGUCGUCUCGAUCCGCCUCGAGGACUUUUGCGCGUCGCCGGCCGCGCACCUCCUCGACCUCUGGGCCUUCCUCGGCCUCGAGGGCCACGACGCCGCGACGGCCGCCGCCGCGGCCAAGUCCGUGCGCCCGGACCCCAACGCCAAGCACAAGGCCGAGUACUGCGGCCCGCUCGUCGCCGGCGACGCGGCCGCCGUCGCGCAGCACGACUUCCUCUCGUCCCACUUCGGCGACCAGAUCGAGCGCGACCACAACUACACGAUCCGCGACUGGUGCUGA